UCCCCCCCACUUUCCUCCGGGCAUCCUGGCAAGCGAGCCACCAUUACCAACCAUUAUAGGGAUUCUUGCAAAAAUAAUAUUUCGGAUCGAAAAGAGAGAGAGAAGGGGGUGGGAACGGACGGUCACCUUUUCCACCGCAUCCUCUUCCAAGGACUGGAGCUAAACCAUUGGCUGCGUGGAGGUUUUAAAGGCCUUUCUUUAAUUUGUUGGUUGGACCUUGAUUUCCAAAACAUUGUGCCCCUGGAACGUGACGCUCCUUAAACGCCUGAGCAAAAAGAGAGACCCGUUGCUGGUCUGGUUGUUCCAAACGUGGAAAAGUGGAAGAAUUCACCAGUGGAUUGAUCCAAAUGCCCAGCCACAGAGAGGACACACUUCUUUACCACUUAUUCUUGGGCAUCUUGUUGAUUGAAGUGGAACCUUCACAAUUUCUGGCCUUUUCUUUGCCCCACCCUUGACAACACUCUUACUCCAGGAGUGAAUGAAUGCCCAAGGUUGUUUAUUUCUGGACAAAAGUGUUUCUUCCCCAUCCCCACCCCCUCAAAACUGUGGUUGAUGACUUUGUCUUCACUUCUGUGUAAUAACUGCUGAUAGCAGUUGGUGCCCUCUGAUACCCGCCCUGGAGCUGGGCUUUCUCUGUAAGUAAAGAUGCCCAUGGUGGUGUUUCUGUGAAGAUAAGGUAUGGCUGCUGGAAGAUUGCUACUUUAUGCUGGCCUUUCUUUAGCUUUGUGUGCUCUGGGCAUGCUAGCCGUGGCCAUCUGCUCUGACCACUGGUAUGAAACGGAUGCCAGGAAACAUCGGGAACGAUGCAAAACCUUCACCACGAGGCGGAAUGACCCUGGCUUCAUUUAUAAUUCUAACAAUAACCUGCCCCUCCGUGCCAGUAGGUCAAAGCUGGACCAUUGGGAAGGGAAACUUCUCUUGGCAAGAAACAAGAGGCAACUCUUUGCCAUGAGUGCCGUUGAUGAGUGCAACAGGCAAUAUAAUUCUACUAACAUGGGACUUUGGAGGAAGUGCCAUCGGCUGGGAUUUGACCAAGAUGUGGAGGAACUCAUUGCUAAAGGAGCCAUUGACCAAUGUUCAUACAUCAAGUACCACUACUCCUCAGCAACCAUUCCCAAGAAUCUAACCUACAACAUUACUAAGACCAUCCGUCAAGAUGAAUGGCAUGCUUUACGGUUCAGAAAUGUUCCUGCAAAUAGCAAGAUGUCUAAUUAAGAAGCUUUGAAGAAAAGAUGACAAAGCACCGGUUGCCAUAGAAAUGGAACUCGAUAGAUGCCCCAGAUAGCAGCCCCAGAUAGACAUACUGAAAGAUUCAUAGCUGUUCAUGGAAGCUAAUAAGAGUAAAUAAAUGGUAACAGGAAAGAGUGGGGUGAGGAGUGGAGGGAAUUUGCAAAAUAUUCCACAUGUUCUGGCCAGCAGUGAAAAAAAGGUAGACCUAGAUUACUGAAGACAUACUGUCAAGGGCUCUCUAACAUUUGAAGCUUGAGUGUUCACCCCUCAGAUGUCAUCGUGAUACAUCUAUCUAUCUAUCUAUCUAUCUAUCUAUCUAUCUAUCUAUCUAUCUAUCUAUCUAUCUAUCUAUCUAUCUA